CGCUUUAGUUUGGAGAUCGUGACCGCCGCAAAAACACGACACAUGGACCAUUAAACCAAGUCGGAUCAGUUAAUGGUACAAUGGGUUGGAGAAUGGUUCGGAAAGUGAGAUUUGUGUAGUGAAGAUAGUGACUAAAUAUGAGUUCAGUUUAAAGUGCUUUUGAGUGAUUUAGUGAGUUUCAUUUACAUUAAACAAACAUAUUUAGGCUAAUUUAAAGUGGAACGAAGAAAAAAUGCCAUAAAUUUAUGUUAACUUUCGUGAGUGAAGAGUGAAGAAUUGAUCGAAAUUUACAGUGCCAGCUGUCCAAAUCAUGGCUUUGAAGCUCAUCACUCGUCGAUCGAUUGCAUGACGUGAUCGUUUGUCUUAUUUGCUGUAAACACACAAACAUAACCCGCCGCCGCCGGCCCAGAAAACAUCUGGUUCAAUCGAACUUUGAUUUGCCGUAAAGUCCAUAAAUAUAAAACUGUCUCUCUAAAUACGACCAACAUGUGAUCCAGUUGGGACGCACAGGAAUUGCUAAUCGGUGAGUGAGGAUCGAGAAGAUUUGGGCAAAAUGGAAAGUACCGGAAAAGUUUAUCACGCGACCCGGAAUUUUAUGUUUAAAUAUUUUUUGGCGUUUGUGUGGAUCGGAUUCAACUUUGUAGUAUUCUGCAAAGCAUUCUCCAACUAUCACCAUGAGCCAGAGUUUUACUAUCUAAGCAAAAUCUUAGGCAAUGGCCUCUGCGUUUCGCGCGGAACGGCCCCCGUGCUUAACCUGACCAUGGCCUUGAUUACGCUGCCAAUGUGUCGAUCACUGAACGUGGCGUUGAACGGGGCGUUUGGCAGGUGGUCCGUUCGCGUUUUGGUGUUUUAUCUGGAGAAAAUCAAGGUGCUGCAUCUGGCGCUGGGUGUCGGGCUGAUCAUUGUUGGGGUGAUUCACAGUAUUGCGCAUUUUGUGAAUAUUCACAAUUUUAUCGAGAACUACGAUGAGAAAUAUAACUCAAUCAACUGGGCUUCGAGACAGGACGAUAGCAGGCUCCGCCUACUGCUCGCCACGCCCACCGGCUUCUCGGGCUGCGUAAUGCUUACCACGUUGCUGGCCAUCGCCUACUUCUCCUCUCGUCAGAUGAGAGAUCGCUUUUACAACAGCUUCUUCGCAGCUCACCACCUGUUUCUGCUAUUUUACGGGAUGAUGUUCUAUCAUCCGCUGAGCAACAUCAUCAAGUACCAAACCAACUUGAAGACGCACCCAAACGGAUGCGACAUGGUUGACGAAGCGGUACUCCGGAACGACACUGUCCUUCAAGCAAUCUGCAGCGAGGAACCUACGUUCGAAGCGGGAGAGAAAAUCGCUUGGAUUUGGCCACUAAUUGGACUGUCCGUCUACCUGUUGGACGUAACUUGCCGCUAUCUGACGACUCACUCGAGUUCCCGGAAGGUCGCCACGCUGCAGUCCCACGUGCUCCCGGGAAAGGGAAUCUACCUGCGACUUCGGUUCACUCGGACCAAACGAGUCCCGGUCGGUGCCGGCCAGUACGUUCUCCUCCAGUGUCCCGCCAUUUCCACCCUCGAGUGGCAUCCGUUCACCGUGAUUGAUUUUCCAACGACGAUCCACAACACGGUUUCGCUGGCGAUUUCGGUCCGCGGAGAUUGGACGCAACGGCUGUACGAGUUGGUGUCGGAGAGGGAACGCUACAAGCAUGACUACGGGGUGGAGAUCUGCCGUCGGAGGAUCGACUUCCUGCUGGAUGGUCCGUAUCCUUCGGCGAUGACCAGUAUGCUUAAGUACAAGCGGAUCGUGUACGUGGGCGCCGGAGUGGGCAUUACACCGUUUGCGGGAUUCGUGAGGCACAUGCUGAAUUUUGACGCGAAAUGGCCGACUCGAAUACAUUUGAUUUGGAUUGUGAAAAAUGCUGAAAUGUUCACCUGGUUUGCGGAUGAGCUGACGAAGCUACAGGAAAGGUUUUGGAAGCAGAACAAACCGGAUCGCUUCACGUUGAAGCUGUUUUGGACCCAGAACUUCAACCAAAACCUGGUCGAAGAAUACUUUAGCGACUAUCCAACGCUGAAGGCGCGGAUUUUCCCGGGGCGACCCAAGUGGGACGACGUUUUUCUGGACUUUGUCACGCUUUAUCCAAGGAAAGCGGUAACAUUGUUCAGUUGUGGACCAAAAGGCCUCACCAAAGAGUUGAAAAGUCUUUGUAGGCGCUAUCGAAAGCAUGGCUGUAAUUUUAGUUACUUCCACGAAGGAUUCGGAUAAAAGCAUUAACU